AUGUCGGAAUUGAAGGCAGCCCGCGCCAUGGAUGGGCUGCUGCGGCGCUUCCGAGCAUGCAGCCAGGACGCAGCGAGGAUACGAGUGAUACUACGAGAGUUUGCUGGAAGAAUGCAUGGUCCGAAAAGCCGAGAGGUCGAGAUCAGUGGAGUGGCUCAAACGAAUCAUUCGGAGCUUAAAGGGAGUCAUCAAACUUCGCCAACCCCUGGCGUGCAAGCCAGUCUCGUGUUGUUCACUCCCAUGAAGACUGAUGACGAACCUCCUUCUCUGUAUCACUCCGCAAGCAAGCUUGGCGCCGUUUCAACGCCCUCUCUGCAACUGAGUGACAAUGGAAAGGAUAUUGGAGUUGGGAAGAUUCAGUACCCACUUUCAAACAGAAAAUACUCCGUACCCACAUUACCUGCGAUUGCUAACGAUACUCUGAUCAGCGAGAAGCAAUCAGUGAACGAGUGA